UGCCGUAAUCCCUGAACACCUACAAAGCCCAUCCUGACUUUCGGAUAUAAAGCAUGAAGCCUUUAAAUGCUUGCUGACUUUGGAUUGCAGCAGAAGCAGUGUGGAUCUCCAAGAAGAUCUCCAAGAUGUCCAAAGCAAAGGCUGCACCUCCUCCUGGGUGCACUCUGAACGUCAACGAUCCUCAGGUCCAGGAGGCUGCAAUCCGAAUCCAGGCCUCGUAUCGCGGACACAGGUCGCGUAAAGAGCUGCGAGAGAAAGGCCCUCCGAAGAUCCUGCAGGAGCUCAAAGAUGUGGUUCUUGUUGAGGGCAGUGCCGCAAAGCUGGAUUGCAGAGUCAGUGCUUUCCCAGAUCCUUUCAUUGUCUGGUACAAGGAUGGCAAAGAGCUGAAGGACGGUCCCAAGUACCGCUACGUGUUUGAAGACCCAGAUAUUGUGGCGCUCGUGGUUCGAGAUGGGGUUCUGGCUGAUCUGGGAAAAUACACGGUGACCAUUAAGAAUCCUUUCGGACAGACGUCGGGAUUUGCCUGUAUUCUAGUGGAGGUCCCUGCUAAGGUUUCAAAAGGCCCGGACAACAUCAAGGCUAAGAGGGGGGCAACGGUUGUGCUCAAGGCGAAAAUAAGCGGAGAACCUCCACCAGAUGUUGCCUGGCUCAAAGAUGGAGAUGACAUUGAAGAAGACGACAGGGUGUUCUUUGACGUAGGAGACACCAACACGAUCCUGACCAUCAAAAAUGCAAAGUUGUCUGAUGCCGCAAAGUAUGAGGUGUUUGUGGAGAACAAUCUAGGCACAGACCAGUCUUUUGCUCGUGUGGACAUCCUCUAAUGCGGCCUCAUAACUAUGAGCCUAUGUUCUCUUACAGUGCAAUCCGGUGGACAAUAUACUGCAUCAACCAUCUGUUCAAAGCUGUACAUAACCUAACCCCUGCUCAUAAUAAAACAAUAAAGAUAUUUUUUUUCCUGA